AUGGCAGCCAAGACAGCCGGCGGCAACUCUGCCUUCCACAACUUCCACAACGACUUCGUCGAUGUCGAGGACCCCAAUGAGCGCCGUCGUCUCGCUCUCGCCGAAAUCGACAAGGCGCCCUUUGGCUGGUACCAUAUCCGCGCCUGUCUCGUGGCCGGCACGGGUUUCUUCACCGAUUCCUACGACAUCUUCUGUGUCUCGCUCCUGACCAUCAUGUUGGGGGUUGUCUACAAGCACGACAACAAGGGCGUCCUCUUCACGCCCCAGGACACCGCCAUCAAGGUCUCUACUUCGGCCGGAACCGUCAUCGGCCAGCUAGGCUUCGGUGCGCUCGCUGAUGUUGUUGGACGUAAGAAGAUGUACGGUCUCGAGCUGAUCCUCAUCAUCUUCGCGACUAUCGCCCAGGCUCUCUGCGGUUCCGGUCCUGGUGCUUCGAUUGUGGGCACCAUCAUCUUCUGGCGAGUUCUUAUGGGCAUGGGAAUUGGUGGCGACUACCCCCUAUCUUCCAUCAUCACCUCCGAAUUCGCGACCACCAAGUGGCGCGGUGCCAUGAUGGGAUCCGUCUUCGCUAUGCAGGGUUUCGGCCAGCUCGGUGGUGCCUUGGUCAUGCUGUGCCUCGUCGCCGGCUUCAAAGGCUCUCUCGAGUCUGCCACAUCCUACGCCACUUGCUCCCCAGGCUCCGUGUGCGCUCUUGCGGUUGACAAGAUGUGGCGUGCUCUCAUCGGUUUGGGCGUCGUCCCCGCCACCAUCGCCCUCUACUACCGUCUCACCAUCCCCGAGACCCCCCGCUACACCUUCGACGUCGCUCGCGACGUUGAGAAGGCCAACGAGGACGUCAAGGCCUACAUGUCCGGCAAAUCCCAGGGCCACCCCGACGAGAUCGCCCAAGCCACUACCCGCCGCGCCUCCGUCGCCGGUGCGCUCGAGGUGCCCAAGGCCAGCUGGAGGGACUUCGCCAAGUUCUACGGCAAGUGGAAGAACGGAAAGAUCCUCCUCGGCACCGCCGGUUCAUGGUUUAUGCUCGACGUCGCCUUCUACGGCCUCGGCCUCAACUCCUCCACCGUCCUCACCGCCAUCGGCUACGCCAAGGGCAAAACCGUGUACAAGACCCUGUACAACCUCGCUGCCGGCAACGCCAUCCUGACCUGCGCCGGCGCGAUCCCCGGCUACUGGCUGACCGUCGCCACCGUCGACACCAUCGGCCGCAAGCCCAUCCAGCUCGUCGGCUUCUGCAUCCUCACCAUCCUCUUCAUCGUGUGGGGCUUCGCGUACAACCACCUCUCGGACCACGCCAUGCUCGCGCUCUACGUGCUGGUCCAGCUCUUCUUCAACUGGGGGCCCAACGCCACCACCUUCAUCACGCCCGGCGAAUGCUUCCCGACGCGCUACCGCAGCACGUCGCACGGGAUUAGCGCCGCGAGCGGCAAGAUCGGGAGUAUUAUCGCGCAGGCGGCGAUUGCGCCGCUGAGGACUAGGGGCGCGACCAAGACGAAUGCGAAUCCGUGGCAGAAUCAUGUUAUGCAGAUUUAUUCGCUGUUUAUGUUUUUAGGGAUUUUCACGACGCUGCUGACGCCGGAGACGAAGCGCGUCACGCUGGAGAAGCUGGCGGGGGAGUAUGACUUGGGCGGGGAGAGUAUGACGGGCGAGGAGCAUGCGGUGCCGGUGGGCAAGACGGGGAGUGAGAGUGAGGCCGGGGCAGAGGCGCCGGAGAAGGCGGUGCAGACUGUCUAAAUUCAGGUGAAGUGGAGUGGAGG